AUGGUUAAAUCAGCAAUCCCUAAAGACCAGCAUGUGCUGCGUUUCCUGCGUUCACGGGACUUUAAUCUGGAAAAGGCCAAAGAGGCUUUGUGCCAGACGCUCACAUGGAGGAAGCAGCAUCAGAUAGACUUCCUGUUGGACACAUGGCAGUGUCCACAGCUCCUGCAGGACUACUACACAGGAGGCUGGCACCACCAUGACAAAGAUGGACGUCCUCUUUAUAUCCUUCGACUUGGACAAAUGGACACCAAAGGUUUAGUGCGGGUGCUGGGAGAAGAGACCCUUCUGAGACAUGUGCUGUCCAUCAAUGAGGAAGGUCUCAGACACUGUGAAGAGAACACCAAAAUAUUUGGAAAACCAAUCAGUUGUUGGACGUGUCUGGUGGAUCUGGAGGGGUUAAAUAUGAGACAUCUUUGGAGACCAGGAAUCAAAGCCUUGCUGAGGAUGAUAGAGCUUGUAGGAGCCAACUACCCUGAGACUCUGGGACGUCUCCUCAUACUGAGAGCACCCAGAGUGUUUCCUGUGCUCUGGACUUUGGUGAGUCCAUUCAUCGACGAAAACACGCGGAAGAAGUUUCUCAUCUAUGCUGGGAAUGACUACCAGGGGCCUGGAGGUCUGGUGGACUACAUCAACAGAGACUUCAUCCCUGACUUCUUAGGAGGAGACGCUCUGUGUGAUGUUCCUGAGGCUGGUCUGGUUCCCAAGUCUCUGUAUCGAACGGCUGAGGAGCAGGAAAACGAGGAUCUUAAACUGUGGAGUGAAACCAUCUACAAGAGCGCGAGUGUGUUGAAGGGAGCUCCACACGAGGUGCUGAUCGAGAUUACAGAAGUAUCGUCUGUCAUUACGUGGGACUUUGAUGUGUGUAAAGGAGACGUGAUCUUCAACAUCUAUCACUCCAGAAGAGCUCCUCAGCCAAUUAAAAGAGACGGUCUGAGCGCACACAACCUCGCCUGUCCCGCCGGAAACAACGUCCAGCUGAUCGACAGAUCCUGGAUGCUGGGACAAGACUACAGCAUGGUGGAGACGGCCCUGAGCUGCCGAGAGGGAGAGAGCGUACAGGGAUCUCAUGUGACGCGCUGGCCUGGGUUCUACAUCCUGCAGUGGCGUCUUUACAGCAGCCCAUCAUGCACUUCUUCCAGUCGGCCGCGUGUAGAUGAUGUUCUGGCCUCUCUGCAGGUCUCCUCACACAAAUGCAGAGUCAUGUAUUUCACAGAGGUGCUGCGCUCCACUGACUUCAGGGGCUCCAUGAGCAGCCUGGAGUCGAGUCACAGCGCUUUCUCUCUGCUCAGUGCCGCCACCAGCUCCUCCAACCAAUCACAGACAGAGUCAAGCGUCUCAAGAUAGCAGGAAAUCAAGAUGCUUCUGUGACUGUAGCUCUGCAGGAAAUGAUGAAGGAUCAUGUGACGCAGUGAAACAGAGUGAAACAUCAAAACACAACAAACGUCUGCAUGAGUGCUGAUCUUUAUCAUCAAAAACUGCAGGCUUGAUGUAAAUUAUGUGUGUUUAUGUAUAUUGUUACAAAUACAUUUGUAAAUGUUGUUAAAAAAAUAAAAUAAAGAAACAAAAUAAAAACUUACAUUUCAAGCAUCAAUUGUGAAACAAAAUGAAAUAAAUUAUUUUUAUAUAAAAA